GCCGAGCAGAGGGGGGCGUCGGGCUCGGUUGCGGACGGCGGAGCCCCUCCGUCGGUGCUCCAAGUGGCUUUGCGAGGGGAUGGAAAUGACCCUCCGGAAGACCAAACAUUUCUCUGAACUCUAACCUUCAAGAUGAAGUUCCUGCUAGCGGUUUUCUUCUUUGUCUCAUUCUCCUUAUGGGUGGAAGAAGUCUAUUCCAAAGAGAAGUCUUCAAAGAAAGGAAAGGGAAAAAAGAAGCAAUACCUCUGUCCAUCCCAGCAAUCAGCUGAAGACCUUGCAAGAGUACCUGCUAAUUCUACCAGCAAUAUCUUGAAUAGGCUAUUACUCAGCUAUGAUCCCAGGAUAAGACCUAAUUUCAAAGGAAUUCCAGUCGAUGUGGCGGUCAAUAUCUUCAUUAACAGCUUUGGGUCAAUUCAGGAGACAACUAUGGAUUACAGAGUGAACAUCUUCCUAAGACAGAAGUGGAAUGACCCCAGACUCAAACUGCCCAACGACUGGAGGGGUUCAGACACUCUGACAGUGGACCCAACAAUGUUUAAAUGUCUUUGGAAACCAGACUUGUUCUUUGCGAAUGAAAAAAAUGCUAACUUCCAUGAUGUCACUCAAGAAAAUAUCCUUCUGUUUAUAUUUCGGGAUGGAGAUGUCCUAGUCAGCAUGAGAUUGUCUAUUACUCUGUCAUGCCCUUUGGACUUGACCUUAUUUCCUAUGGAUACACAGCGCUGCAAGAUGCAAUUGGAAAGCUUUGGUUACACAACUGAUGACUUACGCUUUAUCUGGCAAUCUGGAGAUCCUGUACAGUUAGAGAAAAUUGCUCUGCCUCAGUUUGAUAUUAAAAAGGAGGAUAUUGAAUAUGGUAACUGUACCAAGUACUACAAAGGCACAGGUUAUUACACUUGUGUAGAAGUAAUCUUCACUUUACGAAGACAAGUUGGAUUUUACAUGAUGGGUGUUUAUGCUCCUACACUGCUAAUUGUUGUUCUGUCCUGGCUAUCAUUUUGGAUCAAUCCUGAUGCAAGUGCUGCAAGAGUCCCACUGGGUAUUUUCUCAGUGCUCAGCUUGGCAUCUGAAUGUACUACUCUUGCUGCUGAACUUCCCAAAGUGUCUUAUGUGAAGGCCUUAGACGUGUGGCUGAUUGUUUGCCUCCUCUUUGGGUUUGCAUCAUUGGUGGAGUAUGCAGUGGUUCAGGUAAUGCUAAACAACCCAAAGAGAAUUGAAGCUGAAAAAGCCAAGAUUGCCAAGGCAGAACAAGCUGAAGGAAAGGGUGGAAACACUGCCAAGAAGAACACUGUGAAUGGCACAGGGACUCCUGUCCACAUCAGCACUUUACAGGUUGGUGAGACCAGAUGCAAAAAAGUUUGCACUUCGAAAUCUGAUCUGAGAUCCAACGAUUUCAGCAUUGUUGGAAGCUUGCCAAGAGAUUUUGAGUUAUCAAAUUAUGACUGUUAUGGGAAGCCCAUUGAAGUCAACAAUGGGCUCGGAAAGUCUCAAGCCAAGAGCAACAAGAAGCCUCCUCCUCCCAAGCCUGUCAUUCCAUCAGCAGCAAAGAGAAUUGAUCUUUACGCGAGAGCACUGUUUCCUUUUUGCUUCUUGUUCUUCAACGUCAUAUAUUGGUCCAUAUAUUUAUGAUGAAUCUUUUAUUUAUUUUUUUCACCUGUAAAAUAUAUCCCAUUUCAUAUCCUUUCCCUGUCAUGAAGGCCGACGUGUGAAAUUAUUUGCGUUUGCAAAGCAAUAUGUUGCAUUUUGAUGCCAUGCGAUUGUACUGAAAAUAUGGCAUCUGAAAUUUGAAAGCAUGACACUGCAAUGUCUGUGCUUCUACCAAUGUUGUAUAUAAAUGUACAGCAUACAUCUUGCUUUAGGAACAUAUAAAAGAUAAUGCAUACGACAUUAUAAAGCUGAAUAACUCCCUUCAGUUACUAGUAACAUACAGAGAUUUAAAGUGUUUCUGAUAAUGAAACUGAUGUGCACGUUGCGUAUUAUUAAAAUCAGUAUUCUAGUA